AUGGCCAACGAACAAAUCUCCCUGCCCUACUUUGUAGGCGUGCUGGUUUUCGCCGGUCUUGUCAUCCGCUACCUUUUCUUCUCCGGCACAUCCUCUCAACCGACGACGCGAUCACCCGAGGCCUUUUUGCGAUCGAGAGAGGCGGCCGUCGAGCGGAUACAGCAGAUGUUUCCGCAGACGGACCGGCGAAACAUCCUCUGGGAUCUCCAGCGCAACGGCGGCAAUAUCCAGAGCACGACUGAGCGGAUCUUGUCCGGUCGCAUGGAAACACCUCCCGUUACCUUCCAGCCGCCGCCGCCACCUGGCCAGAGUGCCUCGGCUCAUAGCGCGCCGGCGACGCGGCAGGCCGACAAGCCCACGCAACCCGACCUCAUUACGCGAUACAACCUAAAAAGCAAGAUUGAUGCCGAGACGACGAACAGCAACGACAGCAAGGGCAAGGGCUGGAGCUCUAAUCGCGAGGAGAGACAGGUGUCUCUGCAGCGCCGGCGAGAUGAGAUGAUCCUGGCCGCGCGCAAGAAGAUGCAAGCCAAGAUGGCGGCGGAAACGGCAGGAACAGCUCAAUAA